AACUUCGAAAAGGUAAACAAAACUUAAGAUGUUAGUGCAGGAGUGUUACGAAGAUAAAAAAUGAUAUUUCAUAUGCCAUGGCUAGCUUUAGCUUUAAUUUAAUAUCUUAGUCGAUUCGAAAUUGAUCUAGGUGGAUGCAAGAUAGAACGCUAACAAAUACUUUCGUCUUGACUCUAGUGUAAACACCCAUUCACAUGAUAAAAAUGAGAAUUCGAAAUAACUUCAAGUAUUUUGAUUUUUUUCGAGAUAUUUUUUUAACAUUCCAAUACAAAUUUACUUGGAUUAUAUCAGCAAAAACUUGAAAUGUCUUCAAAAAUAAGUCAUAGGAUCAUGCCAUAGAAUUGGUAUGAUGAUAACUUUUAUAUUCUUAUGAAAUCAUUAAGUUUAAAUGACAAUCAAUCUACAGGUGUAAUUAAUGUUUUCGAAUUGUUCAUCAUAAAUAUGUUUAAUUGUCGAAUCCUAUUUACGAAUAAUAAUCUUUAUCUGUUUAGGUACAAUUUUAUCUUUGGUUAAUGUUCGUUGUAUGAAUAUCUAUGAACGUAACAUAGAAAAAUGUCUUGUAAAUUUAUCUCGAUCAUAUAUUAAAUGUCCAUUGAAAUCAUGUUCGAUUAUUUUUCAAGUUAUUUAUUCCGGAAUUGAUUAUGUUCGAUGUCGUUGUGGUCAUCAAUUUUGCAUUGAUUGUAAACAAGAACCACAUUUUCCAGCAACAUGUAGUUCUUAUAGGGCAUAUUUUGAUGAACUACGCCAAAAUGGUGAUUUAAUUUCUGAUUACGAUGCUAAAUGUAUAGUUCGAGGUCGACAUUGUGUAUCAUGUAAU